CCGGCCAGCCCCGCCAGCCACUUGCCCGUCCCCCCGCGACGCCCGUACGCCCCCGCCACAGCCAUUUUGCGUUCGCAACUUGCCACCCCACCUUCCAACCUUUCGCCGCUGAAAACUCCCCCGCUUCCAGACACAAGCCCCGGCUACGCACCAGCACCAGUACCGGAAGCGCACAGGCCGGGAAGGAGCGUAAAAACGUGACUGUAGACGCUCGUCGUUUAUAACGCCGCAUCCCAUUAAUCGUCCCCAUCGAUCAUUUCUUAACCCGUGAGCAACUGCCCGUUUUUCCCAGGAUGCAGUCGGGUCCCAGGAUGGUCAUGCCCUCCGCGCCUCAUAUACAGCAUCCAGGGAUGAACCCGCCUAUAGACCCUGCCCUUCAACAACAAAUGAUGGUGGUUAACGGUGCCCAGCGUGUUCCAUUUGAGCAGCAGACCAUGUCGGAUGAGAAUCGGGCAUACCUGGAGCAGCAAGUGAGGUUGCAGCAGCAGCAGCAACAGCAACAACAACAACAACAACAACAGCAGCAGCAACAACAGCAACAGCAGCAGCAACAACAACAACAACAGCAGCAGCAGCAGCAGCCGCAGCAAGGGCGAGAAGUGAAGACAGCAGCUCAACGGUCCCUUGGUGUUGCCGCACAACAGGCGCCUAGGCAUAUGAUGCAGCAUCCCCAAAUGGUGCAGAGUCUCCAGGCACAGGGAAUCAGGCAGGUCUUGACACCUCAAGGGGGGGUGGUCUGGCUAGACGCUCAAAAUAGGCAGGUACAGAUCAAUCAGGCAUGGCAGAACGACCCUCGACAGCAACAACAACAGCAGCAGCAGCAGCAAGUAGGCCAAGGCCAACAGAUGCAGGCCUUGUAUCAGCAACAACAGCAGCAGCACUUGCAACAACAGCAACUUUUGCAGCAGAUGCAGCAGCAGCAGGUCCAACAACAGCAACAGCAACAGGUCCAGCAGCAGCAGCAGAUGAUGACGCCUCAGCAGCAAGCUCAACUACAGCACCUGCAACGGCAGCAAGCUCUAGCUCAGCAGGCAGCCCAGGCCCAGCAACGUGCAUCCUUGCCCCCUUCUGCUCGUCCGCCUCCCGCCAGCCUUCCUACACCCAGUCUGUUACAAGUCCCUCCACCACCGUCUAUGAAACGUCCGAUGCAUGAUAUCUCAAGAAGUGCUUCGCCUAUGCCACCUCAUAUGAGGAUGCAACAGUCUCAACCACCGCAGCCUCAAGCUACGCAUAUGCAGGCAAGUUCAUCAGCACUAUCAGUCACUGGCAACGCCCCCGCUAUAUUGCCCCCAAGAGCCUCUACCAUCCCAGUUUCCAUGUCUGAUUCCCAUAUCGCUCAAAAUCGUCCUCAGCAAGUUGGACAGUCUCAAGCAAAUGGACUGCAAAUCCCCCCCCAAAUACCACCUGAGCCGCCUAUGCGAUGGUCAAAGACUUUGAUACUGUCUUCACAAAACCGUCUUGAACGAUGGAAACAAAAGACGGACAAGCUGGAAAGUAUGCUUGCCGAUGCGAAAUUGGGACUUGCAGAGAUGGAGAAGGAAGCGAAGGAGGGGAAGAAACGUGCGGAAGAACGGUCGCACGAUCCACAAGGAAUGUUUGACAAGGAGAUUCUGGCAUAUCUGAAAAGAGCUGGAUACUCCAAUGCCGUGCAAGCAUUUGAAGAAGAUAUGAAACGUGCGGGGAGAAAUAUUGAAGGGAAGCCUGGGUCUCCAAGCGGCUCAUCGCCCAAAAUGCAGUCACCUCGGGACGUCAAGACUAGCUCUACGCCUGCCGGCCAGUCCGUGUCAGCCACAGGCAAGGAUGACCCGCAAGGUUCCGAUUCUAUUUUUGGCAGGGAAACAGAUGACGAAAAAAUGGGAGUCGAUAAAGAUGGAGAAGAAAAAGACGAAACGAAGGACUUGGGAGAAUUGUUCACGUGGUGGAUGCUUUACCAAGAUACUAGAACGCUUUUGGCUCAGAAACCCCAUCUCUUCCAGCCACCUACCUCUUUGAUAUCUUCCCACUCUGCAAACGCCGCUAAUAAUGUUGCCUUUCCUCCCACGACUACGCGCACAGCGCCUCAAGCCAAACAUGACGAUACCCAGCUCAGAUUACAGCAGGCUGAGGAAAUGAAGCAGGCGCAGCAAGCCCAAAUUUCCGCUCAACAGGAAUCUGUGAGACGUCAGUUGGCAAUGCAACAAGGACAAAACCAGCAUCCUCAUCAACAGCAGCAACAACAACAAGGCCAGGAACAAAGACAUAUAGUUAUGAUUAAUAACCAGCCGCAUACGCUUACCCAAGAUGAGGUGCAUAGAUUGAUACAGCAACAACAAUACAUGACUCAGCAAAAUCAAAUUCAACAACAACAACGACAACAGCAGCAACAGCAACAUCAGCAAAGUCAAAUGUUUGCGAUAUCCAAUGGUCAUAUAGCCUCGCAGACCCCCGGUAUGCAUCACCAGACUCAGCAGCAGAGAAUGCAAUUCGAAUCCCCGUUGCAGAAGAGGAAGCGAGAAGGUGAAGAUGGCCAAAUGGGUGGCAAGUUUCCCAAAGUCGGUGCACCGACACCCGAAGACCAAAGACGGCAAGCUGUGGAACUUGCCAGGAGUGUUUCAGCGCAAAUGACCCCUCAACAGGGCCACAUGAACGAAAUCUCACAAUCUCCUGCAUCCCAAACAUCUCAAGAUCCCACCCGACAACAUAAUCUGGCUGAGGCCCAAAGAGUAUAUGCGGCCACUCAGGCCGCCUAUGCUCGCCAACAAGUGGAGCGUACCAGCGUAGCCAACUCACCGGCCAACUUCACAAUAGGCGUGUCUCCUGUCCAGUUGGGAACUUCACCGAUGGGUAAUGGUCAAUCACCGGCCGUUGGUCAUGAUGUAGAUGGGAACUCCAACGUUAAUGGCAACACCGUCGAUCGUGCACCAACACCUGCAAGCGCAAAGGGUAAAAAGAAGCCAGCUCGAAUCACCAUUGAUACCGAAGUUGGGGGUGCUUCGGACCUUGAUGCACCUCAAUCUGGCGCCGCCUCAGCCACAAGCAAACGCAAAACCCCUAGUGCAGGCAAGCGUCCGUUGAAAUCCGCGACGACGACCGCGGAAAAACCAGUCAAGGGCAAGGCAAAGACGAAGGCAGCUAAAAAUGCCUAUGCGAAUCAGCCCACUGGAGAUGCUUUACGGACGGAAGGGGAGGAACCGGCACAAACCCCGUCGGGACAAGUUGCACAGACUCCUGGUUCGACGCAGAGUACUGUGUAUCCUCUUCCUGCACAGACCCCUAGCCAGGAGCAACCGACCCCUGCACCCUUAACGGAGAUCGAACACAUUCACCCUGAAUCACAACCUGCCCCCCCUCCGCCACCAGCACAAGUACCAGCCCAGAUGCAAACGCAAGCACCUCAAAGUCAAAACACAAGUUUUGAAGCGCCAUUCGAGUUCGAUGACUCAAACGAGCUUUUCAAGAUGCUCGAUUUCAACGACGGAGACGGAGGCGGGUUUGAUAACGAGGUCUUCAACUUUGAUGGAUUCGCUUUCCCUAGCGUAGGAGAGAAUCAAGAGGACUGGCAGGCUAUCGAUAGCUCUAGCUAGAUAAAACUGGUCGUCUCGCCGGUAGUCGAGCAUCUCACAAGCUAGCUUCAACUCAUCGGCGAAAUGUCUUCAAAUCCGUACAUGGCUCCCACCUUUUAUUCCAACUUCCCUCGACCCAAUUUCCUGGUCCGAAUAGCCCGCCUUACAUCUCCAUUCCUCGCCCCUAUCUGUGCGAAUUUCCCAUUCUUCCUCUAUCUCAAACACUACAUGUUGCUCUCGAUUCGUUUCGCGUUGUCACACUAUAACAGACCCAUUUCGACCACAAAAAUGUAUAAUAUCCAUGCUCAUCUUUCUCGAUCCCCUAUUCUCGUAUUUCGCGAAUUACCCAGCAUAUCACCUCGGGCUCUGAUCUCUUUGUAUAUAGUCGCAUUCCUUUUUUUACCUUCUUUUCGGCUAUCUUUUACCUGCCCUUUUCGCCUUUUCGCUUUACUUUGCUGCAUCAUCAUAUCAUCCGCUUGAUUAUUUCGUAACGUGUGUAACUAUGUACAUAGCAUCUUCUUUGUUACAUAGGGUUUUGUUUAACGCGAUAUUGAUGUACAACAGCAGACAACCAUAUGCGUACCAUCAGCAUUUGAGCAAGUGUCCAAUAGCUACUUUUGCAGAGUAUGGAUGGCAUACUAUCUUUGAGCAUAGUAGCCAAGUAACGACUCAAUUUCCAUUCGCCAAUAUGAUUGAUUGUUGACAUAUGAUCAAUGGUGGUCGCGGCCAAGUACGU